GUCGCAUUUUUUGACAGAAUUUCCUAACCUCUACAAUUGCACGCUGUUGUCAAACAAAAAGAUUGUAAAUGUCAAUAAGUUCAGUUAAAAAUAAUUGUGGAAAUUGUAAGUGAUGCAAAGUAUAUGAAGGAAGAUUAAAUAUGAAUAAGAAAAAUUGAUAAGAAGAAAACCUAUCCUGGGAAAGGAUGUCUGCAAUUAUAGACGAUAAAGUGGUCGCAGGAGCAAAAGAUCCAAAUGUUGUAAAAGAAGAUCCUAUUCUCCUUCUUACGGAAAAGGUUAAGUCGCUCUACCUGUUUCGAGAUCACUAUUUCGAAAAUCACGCAAUCGAAGAUGCCAUAAACAAAAAUAAAGACUUGGAGAAAGAAAUGAAGGAAACUUUAGCGAGCUUUGAUGAAUGUAAAGGAUAUGAAAUCGAUGGUGCUCGAGCCAAGUAUUACUUCUUGAAAGGAAAAGCUCUAAAUGUGGUUGAUAGACACGUACCUCAAGCAGAAGAACUUUUGAGCAAGGCAGUCAAACUUGAGCCCAAAUUGAUUGAAGCUUGGAAUGAGCUUGGAGAGUGUUACUGGAAAAAUGACGAUAUCCAGCAGGCCAAAAACUGUUUUACAGGAGCCUUGCCUCAUGGUCGAAACAAAGUAUCUCUGCGGAAUUUGUCGAUGGUCCUUAGACAAGAACCGUCGGCAACACAAGAGCAAAGGAUACAAAACGUCCAACAAGGAGUGGAACAUGCGAAAGAGGCUGUGAGUCUCGACACUUCUGAUGGAACUUCCUGGGCCAUUUUAGGAAAUGCCCACCUAUCUUCCUUUUUUACAAUUCAACAGAAUCCUGCCACACUGCGUCUUUGUAUGUCUGCUUAUGCACAAGCUGAGAAGGACGUCGUCGCGAAGAGUAAUCCUGACUUAUUUUAUAACAAAGCAGUGGCUCUGAAGUAUCAAGAGGAGUACAAAUCCGCUCUCGAGUCUUUCGAAAGAGCGAUAAUGUUGGAUCCAACAUGGGAAGUUCCUCGAACAAAGCAAGAGGACCUACUUCAGUUUCUCAAGGAUGUACAAACUUCAGUUAAUACGAAGGGGAGACUUAAAUUGAAGAGGCUUCUUCAAAUGAUACAAGCACUGGACGUUAAACAUUUGGGGCCCUAUCAUGGUGGAAUUUACACAGUAGGAAAUAAAUCAGUAAAAUUGGAAUUGACUUUCUUGAAAAAUUUAGUCCCUGGAGUCAAUUUGGAAAAAGCAGUUUUUGGAAAAGUCGUUUGUUGGAUUCAAGACUCAGACUGUGUGCCUUUUACUUUCUGCCUGGUCGAUAAGGAACAAACUUGCAUGGCUGUGACAGUUUAUAACUUUGCAAAAGGUCGAGGAGUUACGAUUGGUGACUCAGUUGCGAUUCCCGAGCCUUUUGUGACUCAUCAGACAUUCUCAUACAAAGAACAUACCUUCGAUUUCAAUUCGAUUCGAGUCGAAACGCCAAUAAUUCUUGUUGUUAAUGGAAGAAAAUUAAGCCGGGAACAACAAGCAGGAACCAAGCUCUCGACCUUCAAGAAAAGCGAUUAACACAUCCUUAAUUCUACCUAGAAUUUAUGAAAAGAAGUGAAUUUCCUUAAGCAGAAAUUUCUCCUUGUCUCUUUAAAUUAAAAGCGAUGGGGACGCAAAUUUACGAAAUUUCUAUGUGAGUAUUAUUAGAAUAUGCACACUAUUGAAAGCAAAAGGGAAACGAAAAAAGACAAAAAUAACUGGUCAAAUUGGUACUUAAGUAGCUAUUUGUUAAUGCGAUAAUCAAAUUUGUAGGUAAAAUAAUUUUAAGAUUUUUUUAUAGAGAAGAUUCGAAUCUGCAAUAACUUGUAAGACAAGUAACUUUCUUGAAACUGUAUACAAACGUUGCAAAUAUCCAACAAGAUAUGGGACGAUAUUUUACGCUGUCGCAUAGAGCACUGUAAAAUGUUAAUAAAUAAACAUGUAAUUAGAAUA